ACUAUCUCUAGUCAGGAAGUUGAUGAUCCCAUCAUCAAUACUAUCGAGCCGGAUCCCUAUUACGAGGAGGAACCAGUCGGCCUCUACUCUGGUGAAGAGCGUGAAGAUCAGAGACAACCCCAAAGCCCACAAAUCCAUGCCGAGGAGCGAGCAGAUCUUGCUAAUGAUAAUGCCAACACCGAUGUGGAAUAUACUACACAGAAGUUUAUUCAGCAAUUUCUUGUCGGGAUAUAUGGCUGUAACGCCCAAAGCCAUCGAGAAUCUCUG